CAAGCACAACGUCUAGCUUCUGUCAUUGAGCUAAAAUGGAAGCAGGAAAAGCAAAGAUGGUGCAUUUAGAAUUUCAAGAUUUGCUACCCAUUAUGGCCAGAAAACUAGGAGGAGAUGGACUGAUCAACGAGCUAUGCAAAGGGUACAGAAUUUUAAUGGAUGGUGACAAGGGAGUGAUCACACUUGAUAGCCUAAAGAAGAACUCCGUGCUACUGGGGUUGCAAGAUUUCAGUGAAGAGGAGUUAAAGAAUAUGAUUAGGGAAGGAGAUAUGGAUGGUGAUGGAGCUCUUGAUCAGAUUGAAUUUUGUAUUUUGAUGUUUAGAUUAAGUCCUGACUUGUUCGAUGUGGCUCAAGAAUUGUUACAUAAAGCUCCUGAAAAGCAUAAGUGAUGUUGCAGUCUGUAUCCUCUUUUUUUCUUAUUUACUGAUCUUGAUAUGCUGAUUCA